AUAAAAGGGCCACAGCACUGCCUUCUGCAACACUUGCUUUGAGAAGAGGACAGAGACCCAGCUGCCAAACAUCUUCUCAGACAGGCUCCCUUUUGCCGUGUAUUCCUGUCUGUCCUGGAGCUUCCUAUGUAGACCAGGCCAGCCUGGAACUCACAGAGAUCCACCUGUCUCUGCAGUCUCAGUGCUGGGAUUCAAAGAAUAGAGAAGGAGGGAGUCUUCACGGCAGUGCAGAACUCCUAGGUCGGUUGGCUCUGCAGUGUUCCCUAAAGAAUCAGGCAGGAGAAGCCAAGCUGAGGAGGAACCAGAAAUCCAGCCUUCCCAAGAACAACUGCAGUUUUUGACCUUGAUGAUGACACCAAAAUUUUGCAAUUUCUUCCUAACGUGGUGGCUAAUCCAGCAGGUGACUGGUCUGACAGGGACUACCAUGCUGGACAUGGCUCCCAAUGCCUUUGAUGAUCAGUAUUCGGGCUGUGUCCAAAUUAUGGAGAGAAAGGCACCCAAUCUGUUACAGGAAGACUUCAACAUGAAUGAGGAAUUUAAACAUGAGUGGAAAAAGGCAGAGAAAAAAUGGAAGCAGAUCAAAAAUAAGACUUACCCCAAAGGUUUCAAUGAUUUCCAUGGAACAGCAUUAGUUGCCUACACUGGGGACAUCUACAGCAGCUUUAAUAAGGCUACUAGAAACUUCAAAAAAGAUCCUGAUAACUUCUACUUCAGGGCCUUCCAUUACUACUUAACAAGAGCUCUUCAGCUCUUGAGUAACCAGGGUUGUCGUUUAGUUUACCGAGGCACUGAUAUCAAGUUUGACUAUGCUGGGAAGGGCUCUGUGCGAUUCGGGCAAUUCACAUCCUCAACUUCAACUGAGAAGAAUGCUUUUUCUCCAGCAUUCUUCAGUGGUCAUGGUACACAGUUUAUCAUCAAAACCUGCUUGGGGGUUUAUAUCAAAAAGUUUUCCUACUACCCUGAGGAAGAGGAAGUGUUAAUUCCAGGCUAUGAAGUAUAUCACAAAGUCACAACAAGAAAAGCAAAAGGGUAUAACGAAAUUUAUCUAGACUCCCCGGAAAAGAAGAAGAGCAACUACAAUUGCUUCUAUAGUGGUUUGACUCAAACAGACGACAUUAGCAGCUCAGGAUCCAGACAGAGCUGUGUAUCCCUGUUCCUUGUGGUUCUUCUCAGACUCCUGGUCCAGCUGCUCGCUCUUGCUGAGCUGUAGCCCUCUCCUGUCUGCAGUGUGUGGGUCUAAGUGCUUAAGGGAGGCCAAGGGACAAGCACUUGAUUGGUUGUUUAAAAUCUGUAAAGAGGGAGGGGUGGGAUCCUUUCAGGAGAAGUCUUCUUUAGCAUUCAUGGCUUCCAUAAGCAUCUAAGGACUCUUCUGGGUCUGUCCUUGAACCUUUAUACUCCCACUUCCAAUUCAUGACUCUUUGCUAUGAUCAAAAGCAAUGUUUGUCUGCCCUGUCAGCAGUAAAAGAUUUAAAGUAUGCAAUUCGUGAUGAAUUUUACAAUAUAGGGAAAUAAAAAUUUAUAGUCACAGCUUGCUUUUCUGUAACUAGAUAUUCCUAUAGAUUGUGUCAUUUGUCCAAGACGCUCUUCUGAAGUGUGAGAUCUGAUGCCCACACUUCUGCAGCUGAGAAAGCUCAUAUACCACAUUUCUUACAGAUGCUCUUGCUGGACAAAUUCCAUGUGCCAUAAACAUCAGUUUUGACCCAGUUAAAAUCUAUUUCCUAUUCUGCCCCAUUAGAAAUACAACCAGCUACUGAGCCCUGUCAGUUUACUUCAAUCACCUUGAUUGUCUCUAAAGACAUAAUUAAGCAAAUUAAUUUUUUGAGUCAGGGUUCCUCUAACACACCUGUCUGUAGUAGAAAUUGCUCAUAGAAUAGGCUAGCCUCAAAUUCACAGAGAUCUGCCUGCCUCUGCCUGCUGAAUGCUGGGAUUAAUGGCAUGCACCACCACUGCCUGGCUAAUGACAUUAAUUUUUAAAAUUAUAUCGUUACUGUAUGUGCAUGAUGUGGGUGUGCUCAAGCCUCAUAAUGUGGGUAGGGGUUGUUGGAAACAAGCAAAAGAGACUUUUUCUAAGUGCUGCCAUUUUGUUUUCAGACUCCAUUUAAUCAUAGGGGGAAACUAAGCUCAAAGUCUGACACUGCUCUAGGAGAGCUGGGGACUUCUCAGUAGCUGAACAGUGUCUGUUGUAAGUGACAGUUGUCUGGGUUCAGCUAUCUCAGGGACAACUUCUCUGUUUUGCUGGCAGGGUCAAACUAAGUUCAUGUUCCCAGGCCCAGAGACCAACUCCUAUUCUGAUUGGUGGAAACUCCCUUGCUCAAUCCCUUAUGUCAAAAUGUGAUCAGAGAAUGCUACAGCCCACCCUCCUUGUUUUAUGAUUUCAUUCAGGAUUGGAAUUCAACUCCUGAGUCUGUUCUGGGUGCCCUGAUUCAUCCGUUGUUCAAUCUGCUUGAUUAAAAUGUAUUUUUGUCACCUG